GGAAGGGAAAAGUUUUAAGGAAAUGUAAGAAUAUUAACGAAAUAUAAUGGUGGGGAGUUCAAAUCAAGAGGCAGCUCUCAAACAAGUUCGGGGCCUGCCUACUUUUUAAGUUUUAGCAUGUAGAGUACCUCAGGUUUAUUAAUCUUAUCAAUAAAGAACAGCCAAUCAGCCUAUAAUCCAAAUUCAACACAUUGCAGCACUGUAGGUCUUAGUAUUCAUCGGUUGUCUAUUUGUUUUAUUGACAUGUGGCAAUAUCUAUUUGUUAAUUAUCUUAUGCAGCAUCCGACGAAUAUUAAAUAACAUACCAAGAGAGAGGUAGGCAGACAUCAGAAGGUUAAAAUGGUAAAUGUCGUGACACAUUCCAUUCUCCCAAAUCCUUUUCCUAAUUUUAAUAGACCACCCAGUCCCAUAUGACAUUAGUGCGUAUUCUCAUGGCUUCAGAGUCCUAUUUCCAACUCGUUCUCUUCCUUAUUGUUUUCUGCAACGUUUACUUAAAAACUACUUCGAGCAAUCCAGGCAGUGAAACAGGCUAUGACAAAUGGCUCAGCUGGAAUGUCCGAAAUCACAAAAGUAAGCAGGUUCUCUGGCAAGCAGAAUCCCUCAUUCUGCAGUCACCUGGCGCUAAAGGGAGAGUUCUUGAUGAUAAGCUGAGGAUGGCUGAGAUGAAUAAAGUGAGAAUAAAUAUUAGCCAAGAUGGAAGUGGCGAUUUCAGGACUAUUAAUGAAGCCCUUAGCAGCAUUCCUUCACGCAACAGCAGGAGAGUCAUUCUGGUGAUCAAACCAGGCAUUUACAGGGAAAAGAUUGUCAUCCCUAGAACGUUGCCCUUCAUUACGUUUCUAGGGGAUGCAAGUAACCCACCGACCAUCACUGGGAACGACACCGCAUCAGGUCCUGGCAAAGAUGGGAUGCCUUUGAAGACAUUUCAGAGCGCAACAGUUGCUGUGGAUGCAAAUUAUUUUGUGGCCAUCAACAUGAAGUUUGAGAACACAGUCCCGCAUCAGAUUGGAUCAAGAGGGGGUCAAGCCGUGGCACUUCGGAUAUCGGGGACCAAGGCUGCAUUUUAUAACUGCAGUUUUUAUGGGGAUCAAGACACUCUUUAUGAUCACAAGGGUCUCCACUACUUCAAUAAUUGCUUUAUCCAAGGCUCUGUUGAUUUCAUUUUCGGCUAUGGCAGGUCCCUUUACGAGAGCUGCACUCUGAAUUCCAUAUCCAAGAAGGCGUCCUCUCUCACAGCUCAAAAGCGAUCCAAUGCAUCAUUGGCCAGUGGGUUCUCAUUCAAAGAUUGUGUGGUCACCGGCACUGCCCCUGGCAUGGUCUACCUUGGUAGAGCCUGGGGCGAGUAUUCAAGGGUUGUGUUCUCUUACACCUUCAUGGACCAGGUUGUUCUUCCCCAAGGGUGGAGUGAUUGGGGUGACCGAAAACGUGAUGAUAGAGUGUACUAUGGAGAAUACAAGUGCAGUGGACCGGGAGCCAACUUAACAGGAAGAGUGCCGUGGGCUCGAAUUCUGACUGGUGAAGAGGCUGAGCCUUUUAUAGGGACUUACUAUGUUGAAGGAGACACUUGGCUCAGCAGCCCUUGACAAAUUGGGCUAUUUGCUUCACAUUUCACCAUGUACUCAUACACGAAUUCCUGCAGGAUCAAACCAGGCCCUAAAUCCUUAUGCAUAUUCUCUCUCUCUCUCUAUGUAUAUAUACAUAUAUAUAUAUAUGGACCGUGCGCGCAUCGUUGUUAUAAUAUUUAUAUAUAUGAAAGCUGGAAAUUAAGAACUUAAAAAUGGUCAAGAUGCAUGUAAUGCUUGCUUGUUGUCAAUAAUCCUCUUUACUUAAAUUCAUCAAUAAAGAUAAUAAAUCGACAUGUU